AUGGACCACCAGAACGGUACUUACACGGCGACGUUCCGACUGUUGUGGGAGGGGGAGGUCACCAUCAAAAUCCAACUGGUCCACCCACGGCAGGCUAUCGAUGUUAUAGAAAGAACUAUCCGAAAACAUCCAAUUGAUCUUGUCAUGUUCCGAAAACGUUAUAUAUUAGAGAAUAAUGCCUACAUCGACACCAAGUGUAACGUAGACCCUGCCAUCUUCAAGAACACGAGUGCAGUUUGUAACUACUCGGACCCGCAUGCAGGCGCCUGGUGGUAUUGUGAGAAAGCCGCCAACAUUUCUUGUAAUACACCAGGAUACCAUGGCACUGACAAUGGCAGACGUAACCGGUACAAGAACUUCAAAGGUGGAAAACUGUUUCGCAGGGGCAACAAUGCAAUGAAGAAGUCGAUUUCUGGAUCUCCAUCUAAACUUUAUGUUAGAAAAGGGCAAGAUCCUUUGGCCAAUCGCACACGGUGUGUCCGGGGACUGACCACUCCACAGAUAUCUGGGUUCUAUCUGAACGGCGUGUGGAACUCUCUCGUCUGUAAGAACAGACAUUUCUCCAGCCAGGCCGGCUGGCAGCAGUGUCUGAAGGGGAAAACUCUGCAUUUCAUGGGCGACUCUACCAUACGGCAGUGGUGGGAACAUUUCGUCAGAAUAUUGAAAAUGGGAAAAACACAUAUUCCUUGGGCGAUACACAAAACUGGGCCAUUGCUCGCCCGAGAUCCUGUUAAUAACAUAACGUUAAACUAUCGUUCACACGGACCGCCACGUAAUUGUCCUUUUACUCGGACAUUUCUCCUCAGGUACGUCGCUAACACCAUCGAUGAAAUUGAGGGAGGACCGAACGAUGUGGUUGGUAUCACCAUGUGGGCACAUUUCACCUCGUACCCUGUGGAGGUCUACAGGAAAAGAAUGGAAGCCGUCCGUGCUGCCAUAGAACGUUUACUACACAGGAGUCCCGAAACUCUGGUGGUCAUCAAGUCGGCAAACACGGGCAGGGGCAAUGAGCUGAAAUCUGGGGAUUGGUUGGCACACAAGCUGGACUUGAUAAUGAGAGAAAUGUUCCGCGGGAUGAACGUUGUUCUUGUAGAUGUUUGGGAAAUGACCAAUGCACAGACCUGGCACAGGGACAACAUUCACCCAGCGCCUGACAUAAUUGUACAAGAACUAGAGUUCCUUUGUUCUUUUAUAUGUCCUUUGUGAACCCGGACUUCAAAAGAACGCUUAUCAAUAUUGCAAAAAAAAAAACACGAAAAGAAAGAUCUUAAACACUAUUUAGAAGUACGUUUUCGGAGCUUUUUGAAAUGGUGUCCAAACAGCCAACCACACAACCAACGUAACCAAUCAGCCAUCUAGCCAGCAAACCAUCCUUCAUAUCGCUAUCCUUUGCAGCUGGACCUUAUCGGGCUCAAACUCCCCGGGCGCUAAACGGAGAUCGGCCGGCCCGACUGUCUUGGGACACCGAAUAAACUGUCCUAGCUGCCCGAUCCCGGCUGGCCCCCAGGGUACACGAUCGCUUGCAGGAUGAGAGUUGUACAUAGCGAUGUGGUGUAUGACAUGCGCAGAGCAUGUGUCCUCGAGUUUACUUGAUUUUGUUAAUUAUCUACUUCGAUGUUCAUUUCAGCUGCGUAAGGUUAUCUUACGUUGAGUCCCAGCAGGCUUUCCGUUCGUCUUACAACCGUCAGGUGGCGCUUUUUACAUACUAAUAAUGUCAAAGUUUUCUUGCCAUUUGCAUUGCAGCUUUGUUUCGCUAUAUGCCCGUAUUGGUUUACGUCUAGUGUUGCACAUAUACGUUCAGUGUGGAAUUGGCAUCUGAAACAAAUUUAACUUUUCUCUACUGUUUGGUGGAUUUAUCCUUGAUGGUGUUAUGAGUGUUUUAACUACUUUUACACAGAAUUGUAGAUUUCUGCUCCUUUGUUACUUACAAACCUUUUUACCUCCAUGAAAAAUGGAGAUAUAGUUUUGGGUGUGUUUAUGUGUCUGAAAUUUUGUCGUGAGCAAUUUACACGGUAUCUGGUAUCUAUAGGUAGCUUAGACAGAGAUGCACAUCAUGAGGUGUAAAUUAUGCAAACUUACACUUGAUUUGCAUAUUUACUGAGGAAAAUCUGUAUUUGCACUGCUUCCUUAAUAGAACUCAAUACAUGCAAUAUAUGUAGUUUGUGGCAGGUAGAACAAUUACAUGUAUGUAACAUAAUUAAUUAAACAUAAUUAAUGCAAAAGUGCCAUAAUUCAUCGAUGUGGUAAAUGCUUGGACAAUGACCAGCGUAGGUUAUUUACAGGUGUACAUAACUAAGCAUAGAUAAUGCAAAUGUGGAAGUCCUUUACAUAAUCAGACUAUUCCAUCGGGAUAUGAGGUCUCCCAAGUCUUGUUCUCACGUUUUCGCAUGUCAAAAACCUGUUUUUUUUUUCACUUCUAGUCCAAAUUUAAGCCAAGGUUCCACCCAAGAUUGUUUACUAGCCGAAAAAUACUAGAGUCUGGGAAGCCUGGUUAACUAACUCGGAUGGCACCCAGGCUACACCAACUAUUACAGUUAAAAGAACUAUUUCAAGUAGUGUUUGAUAUUUAAACAAAAGUCACUUCAACACAUGAGGUACUAAAGCGUUCAAGUCAACUCCUUUUAUUCAGUAAAAUAGACCCUCUGUACACUGCAUCUAGUAGUGUUAGGCAGAGCUGGGAAAAGAUUCCUCCUAAUAUACAAAUAAUCGGACAAAAGCACAAUCCAUGUGAGCUGUCUGUUCAAAACACCCUCAGUUGACUUUUUGUGAAAACA